CCUCUCCUUCAGCUCUCAGUGGAUCAAACUUUUUCUGUUUCUUUCGUUUUUUUUGUUGUCAUUUCUUUUUGAAUCGACCUGAAGCUGUAAACACGUUUGUCGGCUAAGGAGCGGCCGGCUGCAGCCUAGCUGAAGAUGUCUGAUAAUGGGGAGGUCGAGGACAAGCCCCCAGCUCCGCCCAUGAGGAACACCAGCACCAUGAUUGGCUCCUGCAACAAGGACCCCGCCCCCCUCAACCACGGCUCCAAGCCCCUCCCGCCCAACCCGGAGGACAAGAAGAAGAAAGACCGCUCGAUCCGGUUCAUCCUGACGGGAGGAGGCGAUAAGACCCAAAAGAAGAAGGAGCGUCCAGAGAUUUCUCUGCCUUCUGAUUUUGAACACACCAUCCAUGUCGGCUUUGAUGCCGUCACCGGGGAGUUUACUGGCAUGCCGGAGCAGUGGGCCCGGCUCCUGCAGACAUCCAACAUCACCAAACUGGAGCAGAAGAAGAAUCCUCAGGCCGUCCUCGACGUUUUAAAGUUCUACGACUCAAAAGAAACGGCCAACAGCCAGAAAUACAUGAGUUUCACAGAUAAAAGUGCCGAUGCCUACAGCUCUUCCACAACAACGAGCUCCAAGGCCGUGUCAGAGACGCCCGCCAUAGCAACCGUGUCCGAGGACGACGACGAAGACGAGGCCGAGCCCCCGCCAGUGAUCGCCCCCCGACCGGAACACACCAAAUCAAUAUACACUCGCUCAGUGAUCGAGCCCCUACCUCCUCCUUCGACCAAAGAUGCUGCAACCUCCCCCAUCUCCCCGCCGACAGCAGCCGCUGCUGCCGCCGCUGUCACCCCCUCCCCCCCCUCCCCCCCUGCAGAAGGAGCUCCCAGCAGCCCCCCCAGCGCGAGUCCCGCCCCCGGGCCUUCUGUGCCCCGCCCCCAGGACAAAACCAGGAAGAAGAAGAUGUCAGACGAAGAGAUCCUGGAGAAACUACAUGUGCUCAGAUCUCCCUCUGCUGGGACGAUCGUAAGUGUGGGAGACCCCAAGAAGAAGUAUACACGCUUUGAGAAGAUCGGACAGGGGGCGUCUGGGACGGUGUACACAGCUAUAGACAUCGCUACAGGACAGGAGGUUGCCAUUAAACAGAUGAACCUGCAGCAGCAGCCGAAAAAGGAACUGAUCAUCAAUGAGAUUCUGGUGAUGAGGGAAAAUAAGAACCCAAACAUAGUCAACUACCUGGACAGUUACCUGGUGGGUGACGAGCUGUGGGUGGUGAUGGAGUACCUGGCCGGAGGUUCGCUGACCGACGUCGUCACGGAAACCUGCAUGGACGAAGCCCAGAUCGCUGCCGUGUGCAGAGAGUGUCUCCAGGCGUUGGAGUUCCUCCACUCGAACCAGGUCAUCCAUCGAGACAUUAAGAGCGACAACAUCCUGCUGGGCAUGGACGGCUCCGUCAAACUCACUGACUUUGGGUUCUGCGCCCAGAUCACUCCGGAGCAGAGUAAACGCAGCACCAUGGUCGGGACUCCGUACUGGAUGGCUCCAGAGGUGGUGACGCGUAAAGCCUACGGCCCCAAAGUGGACAUCUGGUCCCUGGGCAUCAUGGCCAUAGAGAUGGUGGAGGGGGAGCCGCCCUACCUGAAUGAAAAUCCACUCAGGGCGCUGUAUCUCAUAGCAACCAACGGUACGCCAGAGCUGCAGAACCCGGAGAAGCUGUCGACGAUAUUCAGAGACUUCCUGAACCGAUGUCUGGAGAUGGACGUGGAGAAGAGAGGGUCGGCUAAAGAGCUACUGCAGCAUCAGUUUCUGAAGGUGGCGAAGCCUCUCUCCAGUCUGACUCCUCUCAUUGUGGCUGCUAAGGAGGCUGCCAAGAACAACCGCUAGCUAGCCUUGCACUCAUUAUUCUCUCUCUCUCUCUCUCUCUGUCUCUCUCUCUCUCUCUCUCUCUCUCUCUCUCUCCCUCUCUCUAUUUCACUGUCUACCAUCCCUCCAUCCUCUGUCUUUUUUCUUUGUUAUGGGAGGGCGGCGAAGGCUGCUGUCUGGGUUACUUAACCCUUCAAAUGCCUACAGUCUUUCUCUUCCUUCUUCUUUUUCUCUUUUGUAACCUACACCGACUGCCCCUUCACCCCGUGACCUUUGACCCCCAGCUUGACCUCCCUAUUACCCCCCCCCCCCCGCCCCCCUCCUCCAACCAUCACAGGGAGAAAGAAGGGUAGUUCCUUCCUGUAACGUUUUUUGACACUCCACUCCUCACUGGACUCGAUUAGGAAGACGGAGGGCUAACUGAAUGACAUCAUCUUUGAUCAAGUGUGACGUCAUCGCUUACAUCACCGCCCCUUCAGCCCGCACGUACAGCUCGAUACGGGAGAGAGAGAGAGCUUCAACAGAGCCCAAAGACUCAGUUUUUUUUUUAAUCUUUUGUUUUCUUACCUUGUCUGUAAAAGCACCGGACCACAACAGCCAACCAGCACCCUUCGCUGCAGACUGUGUGUGUGUGUGUGUGUGUGUGUGUGUGUGUGUGUGUGUGUGUGUGUGUGUGUGUGUGUGUGUGUGUGUGUGUGUGUGUGUGUGUUCCUGUCAUGGGUCUAUGGGUUUCAGUCAGACUUAUUUCAUCGACUCCUAUCUAAAAGUGCAUUUGUUGAUUUUCAUUUCAACACUUUUAUUUUUAAAAUCAACAUAUCUGUGUGUGUGUGUGUGUGUGUGUGUGUGUGUGUGUGUGUAAUUUUGUCAUGGGGGGGGAGGGGGGAUGUUUGGAUAUUGAUUAAGUUGAUUGUAACGUAACCUUCUGUAGUUUUUGACACGGAGCAGGUGAGGUUUGGUACUUUGUCUGCAGUGUGAGCUGUGAGUUUGAGGAUAUUAAAUAUUAAUUAUGAUGAGGAAAGACUGGCAGGCCCGGGGCCAUCGAUGGACAGAGUUUGGACAGUUGGGUGGAGGCUGAGUGGAGGUU